AUCAUGACAUUAUCUUGCCUGCUUACCCUCUGAGUCUGGAGUGGUUGAAUUUUGAUCCUAGUCCAGAUGAAUCAACAGGAAAUUAUGUUGCAGUGGGUAACAUGACCCCAGUCAUUGACAUUUGGGACCUUGAUGUAGUAGAAUCUUUGGAACCAGUCUUUUCUCUUGGAGGCAAAAAAGAGAAAAAGAAGAAAAAGAAAGGAAAGAAAAGUUUAUCUUCAGAAGGGACUGUGGAAGGACAUACUGAUGCUGUGCUUGAUCUUUCAUGGAAUAAACAAAGCAGGAAUGUUUUAGCAAGUGCCUCUGCUGACAACACAGUGAUUUUGUGGGACAUGGCUGUGGGUAAGCCAGCAGCCAGCCUGGCACUACAUACAGACAAGGUCCAGACAUUGCAGUUUCAUCCGUUUGAGACUCAGACCCUCGUUUCUGGAUCGUUUGAUAAAUCAGCAGUGCUGUAUGACUGCAGAAACCCCCAGGACAGCCAUCGAGUGUGGAGGUUUAGUGGUCAGGUUGAGAGAGUAAUUUGGAAUCAUUUUUCACCUUGCCAUUUCUUGGCAAGCACAGAUGAUGGCUUUGUGUACUGUCUGGAUGCUCGUGCUGAAAAGCCCCUGUUUACUCUGAAAGCUCACGAUGAAGAGGUGUCAGGGUUGCAACUAAGCAGUCAGAUCAAAGGGUGCCUUGUGACAUCAUCUGCUGACAAAUACGUGAAAAUUUGGGAUAUCCUGGGAGACAGACCAAGUUUAGUCCAUUCCAGGGAUAUGAAAAUGGGAGUUCUGUUCUGUGCAGCUUGCUGCCCUGACUUCCCGUUUGUCUUUGCCUUUGGAGGAGAGCGGGACGGGCUGCGUGUUUGGGAUAUAAGCAAAAUCUCUGCAGUGAAUGAAGUUUUUGGAAACAGAGAGAGGCUCAUCCUGGCUAGUGCCAACUCUGUGGCUUCCAGCUCCACGGCCAGCAGUAGCAGCAAUGAUUUGGAGACAGCAAUGGAAUCAUGAUGGACCAAACAUCAAAGAGGCAAACUAAUACUGGGACUACAACUAAUGUGUGUUCUGCAAAUACCCCUGUUCAGUGAGAGCUCAUGGAAAUGACUCUGGUGUCUUGCAAUCUGCAGGCUUCUUCGUCUCAGACAAAGAAAGGUGGUGAUGUGGUUAAGCUCUAAGCUCCUGCCUCUGUUACCAGCUCUGAAAGAUUAUCUCAGGCUAAAGUGAGUGAUUCAAUGAUCCCUGAAACAGGGGCUACCCUAUGUAAAGCUGAUACAUAAAAUGAACAAUCACUAGAAAAGCAUUCUGUGACUACAGAAGUUUGUUGAAUACUGCAGAGACAGUUUUAUCUUCUAAGGACAUGAGGAAAAAUAUUUCACACAAUAGUUGUGUAAUAAAUAAACAGAAGAUGAACUGAAUCAAAUUGCAAAUGUAAAUAGAUAAUUUAUCCUUAUUUUGAGGCUGAGUUGAUAGAUUUUAAAAGAUGUCUGUGUUAUGUUCUUAACUCUGUCCAGGCAUUUCUGCCUGACACCUAAGGAAAGUUUUAAUUAUCAGUUUAACCACCAACUUAAGCCCCUUAUUUGCAGAAUCAAGAACCUAAUCAAGGGUUGUGACUCAAAGAAUUUCCAUGCAUUUAUAAUUUAACACCCACCUGCUUUACCUCAGGAACUUCACUGAGUUCUUAGCCUCAACUGAGCACCUGCCCUCUGCACACACUGAAGGUGCCUCUAGAGUAUUCCUGCUGCAAAAAUGCCCUGAGUAUUAAAUCCACUGAUGCCAAAGGAGCUGUAGGAUCAUACUUAGAGCUGCCAAGCUCUUCCCACUGCUUUCCACCCUAACUCACUGUAGUUCAGUCUGGGGAGGUAAAGCAGGUAAAUUGUGUCCCUACAAACUGCAGAUGGGGAAAAGGCAGGUCUGUAACUUUCCUUGCUCUCCCUUGAGGGUAAUUGGCUGCUUCUAAAGCUACUUCAGCUGUUUCUAGUCUGGUGAAGGUGGUGUUCAGCAUGGCUCUGCAGGAACCAAGAAUACUCUGGAUGUGUUGGGAUUCUUGCCUCUGUCCUCUCUACCAAGCAGUAGUGAAUGAUGUGUGGACAACAAAUGAAAAUUUCUUUUGUGAAGCUUAAGAAGUUCUAAGUACCAGAACCACCUCUGUUCAAGUGCUCUCCAUUGAAAAGUUCCAAGUUUUUCAAAGCUUUAAUUUUAAAUAAAUGCUCUGUGUUAAUAUCUUUGAGAGUGAUUUCUCUUACCUCUGCCCCUAGUAAUAGAAUGGGCACUGUAGCUCUCAAAGUUGUUUUUUGUUUUUAGAAGAAACUGCAUUACCGGAAGCAACACAUCUUUCCCUGGACUUACCAAGAUCCCAGCAUCUGUC